CCAGCCAGCCAGCCAGCUCCCGCACCCAAUGGAUUGAUUCGUUUCUUCAGAAAAAUUUAAAAAAAACCACCAGCCGGCCGGCGUCGACGCUCGCUUUUUUUUUGAAGAAAGGAGAUAGAUCCUGCUCCUGCAUAUUUCUGAUCUUAACCAAUACUUCUGAAAUCUUCCUAUAAAUCUAAUCUUCUAAAAAUAAUUAAUGUAUUGGAAGUGCGAAAUGUCUCAGAUUCAGGUUCAUUCCUCAUCUUCCAGUCUGUCGCAACCUCUUAUGGGUAAUCCUGUUGGCCAGGGUAUUCCUACCGGCCUUGGUCCUUUGGCAUCAGAAAAUGCAAGUAGACCCAUUCAAAGCUCAGCUUUAUCCUCUGCAUCUGCCACUUCCACCACCGCAGCUGCAGUUCCUUCAAACAUGGCAAACCCCAAAGAGAAAACCCCUAUGUGUCUUGUGAAUGAGUUAGCCCGUUUCAACAAGAUUCAACCAGAGUACAAACUUUUAAAUGAACUUGGUCCAGCUCAUGCUAAGGAACUUGAAGCUCUUGACCAUCACCACUUCGGCACCAUUGAUACUGACUGGGGCGUGUACUCCACACCGCUUCCUGAAGUCGAUGACCGGCUCCUUCGUUAUGCUGACAUUGAGGGAGAGGUUUUUACAGUGCAGCUGACUCUUGGUGACCAGCAAUGGGAAGCUGAAGGAAGCAGCAUUAAAAAGGCUCAGCAUGCAGCAGCCGCAAAGGCCUUGGUGGAAACCAGUCUCCCGAAACCACCGCCUCGUCCCCCACGUAAUGAUUCAAAAAAUCCUGACAGUGUUACUCCGACAGUAGAGCUGAACGCUUUGUGUAUGAAAAUGGGAAAGAAACCGACCUACAGACCAAUUGAUCCAUAUCCUGGAUUAAGGCCGAGCUACAACAUUCUGAGAAAUAAUGCUUACCAUCAAAGAUACUUUUACCCUUUCCCUCCUGUCGGACCAGUCACUUACCAAGUUGAACUAGUAAUCGGAAACCAGCAGUUCCAGGGAAAAGGAAGAUCCAGGCAGGCUGCUAAACAUGAUGCAGCUGCCAAAGCACUCAAAGCUCUGCAAAAUGAAAUCCUGCCAUCCAAGUUACCAACUAUUAAUGGCAAAGAAAAUGAUGAUGAUGAUCUCAAUAAGUCUGAAAUAAGCCAAGUGUUUGAGAUUGCAUUGAAAAGAAAUAUGCCUGUGAACUUUGAAGUAAUAAAAGAAAGUGGUCCUCCUCACAUGAAAAGUUUUGUGACUAAAGUAAUGGUUGGAGAAUUCUCUGCAGAAGGAGAAGGGAAGAGUAAGAAAAUAUCCAAGAAAGCUGCUGCUGUAGCCGUUUUGGAGGAAUUGAAGAAACUGCCACAACUCCCCACAGUAGAGAAAGUGAAACCACGCAUAAAAAAGAAAACUAAAUCAAUAGUAAAGCUACAGACCAGUCCAGAGUAUGGGCAAGGAAUGAAUCCAAUCAGCCGUCUAGCUCAAAUUCAGCAAGCAAAAAAAGAAAAGGAGCCUGAAUAUACAUUAAUGGUAGAACGAGGCCUUCCUCGCCUCAGAGAGUUUGUUAUGCGGGUAAAAGUCGGCGGUCAAUUAGCAGAGGGAAUGGGCCCAAAUAAGAAGGUUGCUAAACGAAAUGCAGCUGAGAAAAUGCUGGAGCUUUUAGGUUUUAAAGUUCCUCAGACUCAGCCACCUAAACCAGCUCUGAAAACCGAUGAAAAGAAUUUCUCGUAUCCUUUUCAGCCAACUUUGAAAGAACCUGUCAAAGGAAGAAAAGUAACCUUUUUUGAACCCAAUUCCUCUAUGGAAGAUACAGCAGCAGGUAAAGAUGGGAGUAUGCGCCUGGAAGAUGAGUUUCGAAUGCCUUAUCCCAGCCACCAGCAACUGCCUGCUGGAAUCCUACCCAUGGUUCCUGAAGUAGCACAGGCUGUUGGAGUCAAUCAGGGGCAUCAUACCAAAGAUUUCAACAGGCCUGCGGUGAAUCCGGCAAUGGCCACAAUUACUGCAAUGAUUGCAAGAGAACUGCUGUAUGGUGGGACAUCCUUAACUGCUGAAACUGUAUUGAAAAAUAACCCUGCAGCCCGCAAGCCACAAAACACCCUAACCAGACCUUCAGAACAGUUGGAAUUUCUAGCUAAUGUUCAAGCAUUGCAGGUUGAAUAUAAAGACUUUCCAAAAAACAACAAAAACGAGUAUGUGUCAUUGAUAAAUUGUUCAUCCCAACCUCCUCUGAUCAGUCAUGGAAUUGGAAAAGAUGUUGAGUCUUGUCAUGACAUGGCUGCUCUUAAUAUCUUAAAAUUGUUGUCUGAGCUGGACCAACAAAAUGUAGAAAUAUCAAGAACAGGAAAUGGACCAAUUGCUGUAUGCGUGAAACAAGAAAUUGAUGGAGACACUCUCAUCAAACCGGCUAACUCAAACACUUUAGGACAAACACUGGAUGUCACUGACUGAAAGCCCUUUCUUUGACCCAAAGCAAGCACCAGAGAAAAUUGGAUGCUUCCUGUCCUGUGACAUUGUAACUUCCGGUUUAGACAACUACAGUUUGAAUCUUGCUGUAGUAUCUAAAUCAUUAAGUUGCUUAACUUUUUAAAAGUAUUCAUUUCAACAUUAAUUCAAUUUUUUUUGAUGAAGGAAAUUUAUUCCUAAUUUUUCAUUGGAACUUUGAAUUUCUGUUGAUGCUUCUCCAAACGUACAUUACAUGACGAUUGAAAGGUUGCUUAACAAAAUUGGGGUCAUAUCCAACUUAUGUAGUUUAUUAUUUGGUAUGUGUUUGAAUUGGCCAUUAGAAACAAACUGUUUUGGUGUAACAAAACCUGGUGCUAGUUUAAAAAAAAGAGGAGUGCCUCCGUUUUCUUUGUUAUCCAAACGAGAGAAAAUGAAACUCCAAAUUUACUGAGUAGAUUAUGAGGACUGUUUCUUGUUAUUUUAUUUUUCAUUCAGUGGAAAAUGAUAUCAAGUUAAGUGUUCAGUCUUCUAGAUUAAGUUUGUUUUUUCUUAAUCUAAAAGAUUUUUUUUUAUUUACUUUGAUAACACUGAAGGAAUUUUUGUUUUUAUAUUAAACUUUGUUCAACAAAAAAUAAUUUUCAAUAGUGCAAAGGAAUUACAUUGUUGGAUAUGAUCUUUUACCUGGCUGAUACCAGGACUUGCAGAUUACUGUACAUCUUGGUGCAGGGUAAAUUGUAAGAUGUUGUGUUGUACUUUAAUGCUUUGAUGUUCCAUGUGAUGUACACAAAGUGUGUACAGUAAACAUUUUGCUUAUUGUCCAAGUAAAGCACGAAACUCCGUCAAAAUUGUUACUUUUGGACUUAUUUCCCUCCCCAUGUACUGUACCUAUGGAAUGGAGAAGUAAAAAUUGGUGUUUGUGCAAAAGUACUGGUGGCUUUUAUUAGCAUAACACAUUUUACUAAUGUGAAGCUGAGUUAAAGGAGUUCACAGUCAAAUUUAAAACUUUUGUUUUGCAGUUUUAAGUAUUUGAAGGAAAAUUUAUUUAUUUUCCAUUUCACCCACUUGACAUUUGUGUGAAUCUUUUUCUAAAAUAAGCUAUAUGAGUUAAUUCUGUAUCAUAAUCCCCUUCUUUGCAAGUGUAGAAGGAAAACUGCUAGCUAGUUAAGUUACUGGAAAAUACUGUGAAAUAUCCCGAUCCUUUAGUUGCAAGAAAUACGUGACUCCUUUAAAUCAUGCUGCACUGGCUUUUCUCCAUUAUGCGUGGUAGAAUAGCUAACCUUAUAUAAGGGUAUUAUUUUUAACAUGACAGCAUCAAUCUGAAGAAUAACACUUUUCUUCAAAGUUGAACCUGAAUAACCUUUGAAAUCAAACAACAGGUGAUCAGACUUUUAAAGUGGGUUAGAAGCUCUAAAGAUGACUCUGCAACUGUGGAGCGUUUACUAUAUUAAAAGUUAAUUCAACUAAAACUUAAUUGUUCAAAACCUGUUUUGAUUCAUAUGUUGGUAUAGAGAGGUAAAGCAUUUUUGAGUUUGACACCAAAUAGAAUUAGCUAAUAAGCACUAAUUAAUUUUGGUUUUGACAUUUGUGGUUAAAAGUUUGAAACAACUGCAUGAUUUUACCCCAGCAUCCUCCAACAAACCACUUUUGCAAAACCACUAUUUAAAUAUUUGGGGAAUAAAAGAGAUAAGAUGGUAAGAGAAACAAGAUGAAAAAUUCAUUUUGUGUAUUUGUAAUUUCUCCUCACCUACUGGACAGUGUUACUAUGCUUUGGUUGGAUCUUGUUUGAUAUUUUCAGCUGAAACUGCAUAUUUUGUUUCAUAUAUAAGAUCUGUAUAGCUGUGUUGUCCUAAUUUGACUUCACUGCAAUACAGUGUAUGCUAUAUUUUCAAAAACUGACGGUAAUCAAUACGGUAAUCAAUUUGUAUUUGUACUUAAGACAAAUGCUGCUGCUCUGAAUGCAUAGCUGUGUGACGACAAGACUAAAUGGACCGUUAAACAAAAGAAAAAGCAAAGCUCACUUAAACCCACCUUGGUGUAUGUAGAUGACAGGAUAUCAGCGAACAUCAAAUCAGAAGAUUGAGAUGUGCCUACAAAACUAAUGCAAAGAUUGUAGGUUUGAAUAUGAUUACAGUAAAUUUAUUGUCAAAACUGUUUGAGCAAAGUUUACAACACUUUGUGACAGACAAUUAAUGUAUUUUCAUCUUCACAAAAUAAUUGCUUCUGAUAGAGUGAUUUUUCAUGCAGGCAAACACACAGCAGAUAUUUAUGCAUAGGAAUAUCCCAUGGCCAUGAGAUUAAUGACCUGUUCAUAUAGUUUGGUAGAGACACAAUGCUGACAAUAACAUAUCCAAAGACUCUUGCCUCUGGCUCCAGCCAAAGUCUGAUGCAGUGGAAAAUUCACUUUUAUAUUCCCUGUAGCCAGCACUCGCUGGGUGGUUUUCUUUUCUCAAAAACAACCCCUCAAAAGUACGAUCAAAACUGAAUCUUGGAACGUGGUGGCUAGCUACUUCCUGUGUUGUCAUUAACGUUCCAUGAUAUAUUUAAGCUGCUUGGCAAUAGGAUAUCGCUGAAAAAAAGCAAGUUGCAUGAAGUACGUUGACAAGCUGGAAAGUUGUAUCCUCCUUUCCCCAUAGUUUUAAAUGCUCUUUGAAAUUUAUAUACACAAACAUGAAUCUAUCUUUUGCGGCCUUCGCUGAAUGUGUUCUACAAAUAGGGUUUGAAUUUUUUCAGUUUGGGAGUGUAUCUUUAGUUAUUUCAAUGUUGGUAAAGUCUGGUCAUUAAAUUUUGGGCAAAUGCAUCAACCUUUUAA